AUGGUGCGUAAAUUGAAAUAUCACGAACAAAAAUUACUCAAGAAAGUUGACUUUGUACAGUGGAAAUCUGAUAAUAAUGUGCGAGAGGCCGAGGUGAUCCGCAGAUACCAACUUACAAAGCGCGACGACUAUGUGAAAUACAACAAGUUAUGUGGUCACAUCACAGCACUAACAACCCAAUUAGCAAGCAUGCCGGCAGAUGAUCCAGUCCGGCAAGAUUUAACAGAGGCUUUAAUUGAGAAAUUAUAUAACAUGGGCAUCAUAACAACCAAGAAGAGUUUGGCACAGACUGAGAAAAUGACAGUAUCGUCGUUUUGUAGACGACGACUUCCGGUGGUGCUGGUGAAAGUGAAGAUGGCGCAAACAAUUAGAGACGCUGUCAAACUCGUGGAGCAGGGACAUGUGCGCGUGGGGCCUGAAAUGGUGACAGACCCUGCGUUUUUAGUAACUCGCACCAUGGAGGACUUUGUUACCUGGGUAGAUACCAGCAAGGUCAAAAGACAUGUGGCCAAGUACAACGACCAACUCGAUGACUUCGAUCUGAUGUGA